AUGUCCUCAGCAGCAACAGUAGCCUCAGCAACACUGUCCGCAGACCCCCGGAGGUCAGACAGGAUCAUCGAAUACAAGCCAGAAGUCAAACGUAUCGCAGACGACGAUCCCGAUAUUGCAGGAUUCAUCGCCCUCGUCCUCGCUGCCGUCGGCCUCAUGAUCGCCAACCGUACCUGUCUCUGGGUCGGUCUUAUCUUUUCGGUCGAGUCCUACCUCAACCAGCGCGCCUCUGAGAGUGCUCUCAUGGGCACCCCUACCUCCAUGAUCCUCUUCUCUGUCGCCACCCUCGCCGUCAACUACCUCCCCCAGAUCAUGGCCAACUUCAAAUAG